CGCAGUGCGGGCGGCGGGCUGCGCAGAGUGCAAGGCUCUUUUGUUCAGCGGAGAAGAGGGCCGUUGGCCGGGGCCUGCGGUACGCCGCAUAACUGAGGGGCUCCGCUACGGCUACCCGACUUGUUUUCCUGAGCGCCACUCUCCCGCUGGCCUGACGCGACGCGCUAGUAGCGCGGCACCGAUUCCUCUCCGGUUUUUGGGCGCUGCUCUGAGCAGCGUCACCCUAUAUAUCAGAAAGCUGGCGGGCACUAUGGGGAAGAAACAAAACAAGAAGAAAGUAGAGGAGGUGCUAGAAGAGGAGGAAGAGGAAUAUGUGGUGGAAAAAGUUCUUGACCGUCGAGUGGUAAAGGGCAAAGUGGAGUACCUCCUAAAGUGGAAGGGUUUCUCAGAUGAGGACAAUACAUGGGAGCCAGAAGAGAACCUGGAUUGCCCUGAUCUCAUUGCUGAGUUUUUACAGUCGCAGAAAACAGCACAUGAGACAGAUAAAUCAGAGGGAGGCAAGCGCAAAGCUGAUUCUGAUUCUGAAGAUAAGGGAGAAGAAAGCAAACCAAAGAAGAAGAAAGAAGAGUCAGAAAAGCCACGAGGCUUUGCCCGGGGUUUGGAGCCAGAGCGGAUUAUUGGAGCCACAGACUCCAGUGGAGAGCUCAUGUUCCUGAUGAAAUGGAAAAACUCUGAUGAGGCUGACCUGGUCCCUGCCAAGGAAGCCAAUGUCAAGUGCCCGCAGGUUGUCAUAUCCUUCUAUGAGGAAAGGCUGACGUGGCAUUCCUACCCCUCAGAGGAUGAUGACAAAAAAGAUGACAAGAAUUAACUUUCCUGAAGUACCAGCCCCUGUCACAUCUGACUGUGGGUUUCAAAUGGGGAGGGAAGGAAUUUUACUUGUCUUGAUACCAUAGAGGUGGCUUGAGAAGAUGUCCUUUGAAGAGCCAGUAUAGUUUCUGUGCCCUGCAGCAGCCCAAAGUGCUUUAAAGCCGUUCAAGCUGUAUAGUUUGCACACCCAUCCUAGUGGAGGGGAAGGGGAAUAAGUGUUUCGAGGCAACCCGUUCUGCAUUUUGCUGAGAAAAGCAAAAGGCCUUCUAUGAAGGACAAAACUUGCAGAAUUGGGUGUGUGGGAAAGCAAAAACUGUAGAACUUCAAAGAGCAUCUCCACAACCCACAGCCUUCUUCCCAAUAGUGUUAAUUCUGCAUUUUUACAGCGUAGCAUGUGUGUAGUUUUUGGCUAUUACUGGUGUAUUAUUUGGGGUGGGAGGGUUAGUUAGGGUGGGAAAGAAGGGAGAUGAGUAGAUCAUUUUGGUUAAAAUUUGGGACCUGAUUGGGGAAAGGGUAAAAUAAUGGAAAAAACAGACAACUAAUGAUUUGCUUCUAUGUCCAUAAUAUUUUACUUUUUAAAAAAAAUGUCAUUGGCACCAUAAAUGAGGACUGUGAGAGACUGUUUAAAAGCUGUGAAUGCCUGAAACCUAUAAGCCAAGGUGUUCUUGCCUGAGCUUAUUGCUAUUCCCCACAAAGAACUAAGCCAGCUUGUAAGUCACCAAAGCUGCCAUUUUGGAGACAGAAACUGAUUGAGGAGAGAUAAGUCUUUUAUUGGAGAAUAUACAUGAGAUCAUUCUGUCUUAGAGGUGCUAAUUCCUGAAAUUAAACAAGAUGACCCUUUUCCAGUUACGAAGUUAUAAAUACCAAGUCGUUCAUCCAAGCUACUGGCUGAAGUAUUGGGGAAAAGGGUGGUAUAGGAGAUGAGAGAGUAGGGAAGACAAGGGUUCAUGCUCUUAGUUUUUUUGAACUUUGAACUCUUAAAACCCAUUGGUAGUAGGGUACAGUCACUGACAGCACAAGUUUCAUUGAAACAGUUCAAGAGUUGAAUGAUUUCAAAAGCCCUGGGCUCAGGAGAUUAAACUUUCAUACUGGGGCAGUGGUUCACUGUAAAACACAACAAACAAAAUCAUUUUUUAAAAAUCCUGAGAAUUUAAUCAUACCCAAAUGCUCUGUCUUGAAUCACUUCAUCAGUUCUUGACAUCUAGACUUGCCAACCAGAACUACAUUGUUAAAUCUUUUUAGGCAUGUGUUAGAUUUCUGUGAAAACUUUGUUUAAAUGUAAACUUCAUGCCACUGUCAGUUUUUGUCUUAAUAAAAUUAUAGAUUUAUAAUCCCCGA